UUGCAUGCCAUCGCACUGUUGUGUACCUCUUUGUUCUCAGCAAGGAUACCGACUCUCAAAUGGUGAAAAGGUUUCAUAUUUCAACUUUCCAAAAGAUAAAACUGCACGUAUACAAUGGAUUCAUGCAAUAAGGCGCGACGAAGGGAACUAUUUUAAAAUCCAUGACAAGACAAAGGUUUGUUCUCUUCAUUUUAAGCCUGACGUCUUAAAGAAAUCUUUAAAUGGAAGAAUAUUUGUAAAGGAAGGCAAUAUUACUUCAAAGUUUGAGUGGAAGCUAGGAUCGCCGAAGAAACGAAAAGCACCAACAGUCCGACAGCCUCCUCAAAACCUACAAUAAAAUAAAGCGACUGCUACGCAGGCUAGACAGCCACUAGUCAAGAACACAACAUGCAACAAUGUGCCAAGUACUUCUUCACAUACAGAUUUCACAGUCAGAAAAGUCAAUGACAACGAGGAAUUAUUGAAGGAAGAGGUGACAGACUUAAAACGCGUACAGGAAGUAUUGUAACGAACUAUUAAACACACUGAAGAUAGCCUUCGCGAUGCAAAAGAAACAAUAUCUAACCUUCAACAAGAAAACUGUGAUCUUAAAAAGAGUAUUUGUUUAAUUCAGGAAGAAAGCGUUCAGAACAGUGGACACAUGAAGAAACAGAUCGAAAAUCUGAAGAAACAGAGCGAAAUUAUUGAACCAUUGUUGAAUUUGAUCAGACCAAGAUAUUGCUUUCUACACAGGAUUUCCCAACUAUGAUAUAUUCAUAGCACUUUUUAAUUACCUUAACCCUAGGACACAUGGGGAAAAUAUAAGGUAUGUGAGGGAAAAACCAAAUGAUUUUUAUGUUGCCAUCGACGAUGGUGAACCAGAGAAGGAAAAUGAUGAGAGAAAGAAGGGAAGGCCAAAGAAGCUUAAACCAAUUGAAGAAUAUUUUAUGGUGUUGUGUAGGUUACGCAGAGGUUUUUCAAUACAGCAUUUAUCACACUUGUUUGGUGUCGCAUCAUCCAGCGUAAGCAGAAGUUUGACAGCCUGGAUCAGCUUUAUGUACUUAAAGUUUGGUCAAAUUAACCUCUGGCCAUCGAAGCAACUUGUGCAAGACAUUAUGCCUGAUGUAUUUAAAGAAAAAUAUCCAAACACUCGUGUCAUAAUAGACUGUACCGAAAUAAGAUGUGAGAUGCCGGGCAGUUUAUUAUUGAAUGGUGAACUGUUCAGUUCUUAUAAGAACCACACAACGCUUAAGGGAUUGAUAGGGAUAGCACCAAGUGGAGCCAUUACUUUUAUAAGCCAGCUAUACACAGGGUCUAUAUCUGACCGGGAGAUCGUGAUUCGAAGUGGUUUCCUUGACCAAGCUUUUGUUGAUGGUGAUACAGUCAUGGCUGAUAAAGGAUUCACCAUACAAGAUCUUCUACCAUUGGGGACAACUCUGAAUAUACCACCAUUCCUUG